AUGGCGAUCUACAGCGCCGUCCCUCCGCCGCCAGACCUGGCCUCAGCAGGCACCGCCAGCGCGACGACAACCGCGCAGCAGCAACAGCAGGGCCCCUCGACGCCGCAGCAUCACGACCAGCAACAGCAAUCGCAACCGCCGUACCCCCACCACGGCCACACGCAGAGCGGCUCCCUCGACAUCGAGGCCUGGACCGUCUCGGCCCUCGAGGCCCUGAGCGUCUCGCCCAUCGCCCGGGGCACCGGCACCCCGCUGUCCAUCAACAUCGACCAGCACCACCACCAUCACCGGCACAAGAAGACCAGGAAGAACGGCGACGAUGGAGAAGAGGUCGUGCAGACCACCACCAUGACCACCUCGGCCGGCCGCGUCGCCCUCGCCAUCGACCCGGACCACCCGGCCGCGGGUAUGACACCGCCGCGCCGCCCGCCCUCGCGCCGCGACAGCCAGCGCAAGCGCGACAUGCUGCUCAAGGGCAAGGAGGGCAGCCGGCAGCGCCGCCGGUGGGAGAACGGUGCGGCCUCUCCUCAUCCCCAUACCUCUCUCUCCCCCUUUCUCUCUCUCUCUCCCUCUAUCCACACGUUCUUUGACAGCCAGGUUAAGCUAACUCCUCUUCUUCGCCGCUCCUGCGCGCAAGACCGCCUCAUGCACGUCCCCAACGCGCAGCCGCCCCUGCCGACAGACUGGCACGUCCGCCCCACGCACCCGGUCCGCAACCACCUGCCCUACCACGUCGCCGCCCACUGGGAGCAGCGCGGCCUGCGCCAGCGCGCCGAGGAGGACAGGGCCGCCGCCGCGGCUCGCAGGAAGCGCGCGGCCGGGAUCGUGCCCGGCCACGCGGCCGAGGCGGGCAGGGUGCCGCGGGACCUGCGGGCCACGGCCAAGAAGACGCCCGCCGUGCGGGCCUGGGUGCGCGUCCUCGAGGAGCCCGUGCGGAGGCUGCUCGAGGAGAGCAACGCCGCCGCCGCCGCCGCCGCCGCCGCCGCCGCAGAGGCGGAGAGCAAGAAGAAAAAGAGAGACGAGGCCAGCUCCGACGACGAAGAGGAGAUCGUCUUCUCCGGGAGGAAGAGCAAGAAGGCGGUGGCGGCGGUGGCGGCGGCCGGGGUCAAGCGGGCGCACCGCGAGGUGCGCGACCGCCCCGUCGACCAGGGCAUGGUCUUUGAUGCGCUCGGGGACGACGAGACUAGCGCUUUCAAGCGCUGGCUGACCCAUUCCAUCUCGGACUACUACGGCCUUGUGUCCCGGUCUGCGACUGUGGGUUCACCCCCUCGGAGAGUGGUCUACGUGACUAUCAAGGACGUGCGGUCCAGCGGCGCAGCUCGGGCGAGGGCGGACCUGCCCCCGCCAAUGUGGGAGCUCAUGUAG